AUUUCAGGUACUAUGUACACUCGGUUUGGCCCUCCGAUCGUCUUUCUAAUCUCCUGUUAUGCUCUGAUCCUCUGUGGCACCGUUGAUGCUUUGCCAAGAGCUCCAUACUUCAACGACGAUAUAAACAAGACAACGACAACGUCAGAAGACAAGACAGUUGGAAAUACUGUAGUCGAAGAAGAGAAGAAGACGUACACAGUUGGUGAUUCGGAGGGAUACCAAGAAGCGUCCCGAUUGCUUCAGAAAAGUCUAAACCUGAGUUUGGAUCCAUGUGAUGAUUUCUUCGAGUAUGCCUGCCGUGCCUGGGUGGAUUCUCAUCCGAUUCCAGAUGAUCUCACUUCAUAUUCACAAUUCACUGCCACGAGAGAAAAGGUACUAGCAGAAAUGCGUAAGCUGUAUGAGGACAACACGAGUAUCCCAACAUCCAAAUCGAUUGCUCUUAUCAAGCAAAUCUACAACACCUGUAUGGAUACCGAGAAGCACAAUGCAGUUGGUGCCAGAGACUUGUUGGAGAAGAUCAAGACUUAUGGAUAUUGGCCAAUGGUUCAUAAUGAGAAAUGGCGUGAGAGCACAUUUGAUCUCACAAAGCUUCUCUCCAACACUAUUCAAUCUCGCGAUGUUUCUGUGUUCUUUGAUUUUGGACCAGCCGAAGACUCUCGUAAUGUUUCCCGUCGACUUUUGAGCUUUGAUCAAGGAAGCCUCGGAUUAGGCUAUUCCACUCGUGACUAUUACUUGGAUGAGAAGAAAUACGAGAAACAGAUGAAGGCCUACCGUAAAUACACAAUUGGAAAGGUUAGAUACUACACUGAAGACGCUGGAAUGGCUGUUAAUGAGUCGAAAAUCGAGUCUGAUGUUGAUGAGAUCAUUGCUUUUGAGAAGGAGUGGGCUCAGAUUCUUGUUGCUGAAGAGGAUCGUCGUAAUUACACCAAGCUCUAUAAUGUCAGAAGAUUUGAUGAUUUGAAAGAAUAUAUGUCAAUCAUUGACUGGAAGAAACUGACACUUUCAACCACUCCAUUCCUGGUUCACUCUUACCUCAAGACCAAUCCAAGCAUCAUUAUCUCCGACGUUGAAUAUCUUCAAAAAAUGAACACACUACUUCAAAACACUGAUCCACGAAUUGUCACGAACUACAUCCUCCUUCGUUGGGCUGGAUCAUGGAGCCAAGAAAUUGGAAAGAAAUAUGAGGAUUUGCAACAAGAGUUCGCGUUCCAAAUGUACGGACGAAAGCAGAGACAGCCACGCUGGAAGGAUUGUGUCAGCAGUGCUGGUGGAAAACUUAGCUAUGCUUCUGGAUCUAUGUAUGUUCGCAAGUACUUCGAUGCCAAUGCCAAGAACACAACACUCGACAUGAUCACAGAUCUUCAAGAGGCUUUCCGAAACAUGAUGCAUGCAAAUGAUUGGAUGGACGCUGAAACUAAGAAGUAUGCAUUGGAGAAAGCUGAUCAGAUGCUUAAACAAAUCGGAUAUCCAGACUUUAUUCUGAACGACGAGAAACUUGAUGAUUGGUACAAGGGUCUUGAGGGAGCACCAGAGGACUCAUUCAGUCAGCUUGUCGAGAAGAGCAUCCAAUGGCGUAACAACUUCUAUUAUCGCAGACUCCUGGAGCCAGUUAACAGAUUCGAGUUCAUCUCUAGUGCUGCUGUUGUCAACGCGUUCUACUCGCCAACAAGAAAUGCUAUUGCAUUCCCAGCUGGAAUCCUUCAACAGCCAUUCUUUGAUGCUCGUUUCCCGAAAGCUCUCAACUACGGAGGAAUUGGUGCAGUUAUUGGACACGAGAUCACCCACGGAUUCGAUGAUACCGGACGUCAAUUCGACAAUGUCGGAAAUCUUCGUGAUUGGUGGGAUAACACCACCUCUUCCAAAUUCAAUGAGCGAACCCAAUGCAUUAUCGAGCAGUACGCUGAUGUGAAACUCCGUGGAACUGAUCUCCGAAUCAAUGGAAAGUUGACCCAGGGAGAAAAUAUCGCAGAUAAUGGUGGAAUCAAGCAAGCUUUCAAGGCCUACAAGUCAUAUCUGGAGAAACACGGAGGCCAAGAAGCUCGUCUUCCACAAUUUGAAAGUCUCACCAAUGAGCAGCUCUUCUUCGUUGGAUAUGCUCAAGUUUGGUGUGGAGCCAAGACGCCAGAGACCAAGACUUUAUUGCUACUCACUGAUCCUCACUCACCAGAAACUGCAAGAGUGAACACGGUUCUAACAAAUCAGCCAGAAUUUGCCGAGGCUUUCAAAUGUCCAGCUGGAUCUCCGAUGAAUCCAACGAAACGCUGUGUUGUGUGGUAAUCAGAAAAUACGGGAAAGGAGUCAACCAAGUUGGCACGCUUUAUCUAUCUGUCUCUCAGAAUCUACUAAAUCUUUCGUCCUUUUUUUUUACUCAUCUAGCUGUAUAUAUUGUUGAAAACAAUAGACACUCGAAUUCACUGUAUUUUGUCCCUCUAUGUAUUUUUUCUCGAAUUUUUCCAACUUCUUUUUUUGGUAUAUCAUAUUGAUAGAUGUUCUUGUUCAUUCCAGAAAUCUUUGUGCAAAUAAAAUUUUCAGAUGUAAUUAA